UGAAUAGAUUGAUCGAGGGGUUCUAAUUUCUAAAACUAAAAUCCUACAAAAUUAAAACGUAUUAAUUUAUUUGAUUCUUUCUUUCUGACCCACGAUUAAUGGUACAUUAAGAAUAUUAGUGUAGCGAGUGACAAGCAAUUUAUUACAGUCAAAAUUAAACUUAAUAGCAGCUAAGUUUACCGGUAACCGAAACAUGUAUGAAUCCAACAGUGAGUGCGACCCUUCGCUUCUAAGACGCCUUACUGGACACCGUGGAGAGAUCACAGGGUUGUCUUUUCACCCAAACUCCACGCAAUUAGUCUCUAGCAGCACAGAUACAAACCUAAUUUUAUGGAAUUUAAAGAAACACGCCCAUGCCAUCAAAUUUGAAAGUCACUCCGACCAAGUAACUGAUGUCUGCUUUCUACAUAAUGCUAAGGCAUUUGCUUCUUCAUCGAAAGAUCGGACAUUGCGUCUUUGGACACCUUCAAUUAAACAUAAAAGAAAAGUUAUCACGGCUCAUACAUCAUCAGUUCGAUCAGUUCAUAUCUCAGCUGACGAUUCACAUUUACUAAGUGCAUCUAACGACAAAAAUAUCAAGAUGUGGAUGUGUGAAUACAACAAUAAGUUCAUAUCUACGUUUAAAGGACACACACACUGGGUAAACUGCGCCAGAUUUUCUUUGGAUGGAAAGCAUGUCAUCUCCUGCUCUGACGAUAAAACUGUCAAGUUGUGGGACCGGCACACAAACUGUCUAAUCCACUCAUUUGAGGAAAAAGUGGUUCCCAAGUAUGUUGAGUUUCACCCGAACCACAAAUGUUUUGGAGUUACUUUUGCUAAUGGACAUAUAAAAAUUUAUGAUAUACGAAAUCAUAAAUUAUUGCAGUUCUAUGUUCACAAACAAUCAGUCAACAAGUUGGCGUUUCAUCCAAACGGGAACUUCUUCAUUGCUGGUUCUAGUGAUGGACUGGUGAACGUCUACGACAUAGUGGAGGGCCGCAUAAUCUACACAUUAGAAGGCCAUGACGGAUCAGUCAAAGCAUUGGCGUUCUCAUUGGAUGGUGAACAUUUUGCUACAGGAGCUGAAAAAACAAUAUUUGUUUGGAAUACCAACUUCAACUGCAGUUUGGCAAAGCCUUUGGAAACUGGGUCGAGAACAGUUGAUGCUAGACAGAGUAUGACGCCAGAUCAGCCCAAUUAUGAACUUGAGGUUUCUUAUCUGCAAGACUCACCCACUGAAGAAAAUCCUCUUGAAUUUGAGUCUUCACCAAAAGAGGAAACAUUCUAUUCUGUAGUUGCUGACAACAAUCAAAACCUACCAGUCACCAAUGAGAAUACGAGAAGUCAGUUACAAUUUGUUGAUCUGUCUGAUGAUACUUUCCAAUCUUGCAAUACAGAAAAAAGUUUUUCAAAUGCUGGUGGUGAUGCUACUGCUAAACAAAUUGAUACCAGCAGUGAUGUGGAAAAAGUGAUGCGUAGAGUGAAUGCCCUGAAAGCUGAAGUUAAAAGUCUUCAAAGUGUGCUUGGAGGGAUAAUGCAAGAUUUAGAAGCAAUUGAAAUUCGACAAAAGAAUUCACAGAAUAGUUAAUUAAACUUUGAAUUAGGCACUUUAACAUUCUACUAAUCUUCAAUCCUUGAUGAUUUUCAAACUUGUAGCUAGGACUGAACAGUAUUAUUAUUUACCCUACUUACUACUUUUCAAUUUUACCGAAGCCCUUAUGGGCAGAAAAUAUGAAAAGACUUAUCUAUGAGGAAUAUAUGAUCUAUGUUGCUCUUUUGUUAUUGAAUUUUCUUAUGUGUUUGUUAAACUGUUUGUUAUAACUCCUUAUAAUGUAUUCAUGUAUUCUUCUUGUUUUAACUGUGAUAUGGCAAUGUUAUGAGAAAAGUAUAUUUGUAAGAUUUUUUAUAUAUUUCAUCUUCACCAGCUUACAGUUAUAUGUUAAUGAAUACAUGCUUUCUUUUGAAUAGUUAUUUAGCAUUCUUUGACUUUGUUUUUAAAAAUUAUUCACUGUCACACAGUAUGUUUUGGUUGAACUUAGUACAUUUAUAAUCUGCAUUGUGUACCAUCUUAUAGUACCACCAUUGCAACACUAAACGAUUUGAUUUUUGACUGUUAUAGUAUUUUUUACCUAACUUGUGUAAGAUAAGAUUGUUUAGACAUAUGUUGGA